ACUGAUCAAGCAAUCACUCAGGGACAGUCACUCUCAACAAAAUGGCUUCAAAAUCUAUAGAUACUGUUCCACAUGUUCAAGCUAAAUUUUUUACCAAGCACGAAAAGUAUUCCAUUCCUGAUGCACCAUAUUCACUCCCCUCUUCAGUUUCUACAAAAGAAUUGAAUAACAUACUUUACAGUGUUUUAUUUGAUGGUAACACUGAUAAUGAACCGAUCGAGUUUGAUUUUCUUAUUGACGGGGAAUUCCUGCGAUCCACUCUUGGAGAUUACAUUGAAGAAAAGACUGCAUCCUUUGAAACUGUUUAUGAAAUCGAGUAUAUUGAAAGACAAGCAGCACCACGCCCUGAAACCUCCUUAUCUCAUGAUGACUGGGUCAGCUGUGUUCGAGGAAACGGAAACUUAAUUUUGUGUGGUUGCUAUGACAAUACCUUGCGCCUGUGGACAAAAGAUGGUAACUGCUUGAUGACUAUUCCAGGCCAUUCAGCUCCAGUAAAGUGUGUAGCCUGGCUCAAUACAUUGGAAACAGAUGAGCACAUGUUUGUCAGUGGCUCUCAUGAUCAGACAUUAUUUGUCUGGUGCUGGAAGGAGUCAAAGAAAGAAGUAGAUUGUAUCUAUGCUUGCAAGGGACAUGCUAACAGUGUUGAUUGUGUGGCAGUUAACAAUGAUGGAGCAAGGAUUGUGACAGGUUCUUGGGACAAAAUGGUGAAGUUGUGGUCCAUAACUGAAACAAAUAUUCAGGGUGAAGAGGAUAAUGAAGGUAAAACUGAAGAAGAGCGGAAAAGGAAAAAGAUGAAGAGUGUAAAUCCAAAAGUUACAACACAAGUUCCCUUAGUCACAUUAUCAGGUCACAAGGAGGCUGUCUCCUCUGCAGUUUGGAUUGAUGGGUCAAACGUUUGUACAUCUUCAUGGGACCAUACACUUCGUGUUUGGGAUAUGUCACGCACAGAACAAGUUCAAGUUUUGGAAAGUUCCAAAGCAUUUUUUUCAAUUUCACACUCGCCUCUUUCUAACUUGAUAGUGUCUGCAUCAGCUGAUAAGCAUGUGAGGCUACAUGAUAUUAGAACAAAAGAAAUGAAAGGAACAUACACUUCACAUACAGGGUGGGUUUCCAGUGUGGACUGGUCAAAGUCAAAUGAAUAUUUAUUUAUUUCUGGAUCACAUGACAUGCUAAUGAAACUUUGGGACACCAGAAGCCCCAAAGCACCACUCUACAAUCUGAUUGGUCAAGAUGAUAAAAUUCUUGCUGUGGACUGGUCCAUUCCAGAUUUAAUGUUGUCUGGAGGGGCAGACAACCAACUUAAAAUAUUCAAUUACAACAAAUAAAAAGAAAUUUAAAAUAAACUGUUUUGUUAUUUUUCACACCAUAUAGUUGAUAAUGGAAAGUGCUUUGACAACAGUAGGUGCACA